CUUUGUCAACACCGAGCAACGAUGGCAUGGCUGCGGUGGUUCUCGGUGGCUAUCGCUGCCGUAGUGGCGCAGACGGCACCGUCGCCCACCAACCUCGUAGUGUAUGUGAGUCUGACGUGGCAGAACGAGCUGCUUUCUGUGAUUGAGGCAAGCGAAAAUGCGCUGGUGACGCAACUGCGCGGCUUUGCACUGCCCGUCACCAUGGGCAGUCUCAACGCCUCCAACGUCGAUGUCGCGCUGCAGACCAUCGACGUCUUGGCGGGCCCGAAUGCCUCGCUGAGUGACGCGCAGUCGUAUGAGGUCGCGCUGGCCGUGACGGCGACCGGGUACGGCAACGUGACGAGCGACGCGUUCGUCGCCUUCCUCACGUCAAUCGGGGACGUCGGGGGCUACUUGACGUCGCACAUUGGUAACAUCUCUUCGCAGAUCGUGACCAAUCACGUCAGCACCGCGCCGACGGCCCCGUGGCUGGGGCUACACCCGCCGGCGACCGUCACCAGUAUCUUUGGCACGACACCGUUUCUCCUCGUGACGCUCCGCUUUCUAUCGCCCAACGGACUUGAGGGCGUCUACUUUUCCGGUGCAACGCUCUGCCGCAUGCGCGUGGCCAUGCAAGACCUUCUCAACUCGUCCUCGGUUCGGUUCGCGCCGUUGGCCGUCAGCAACACGACUCAGUUUAGCUUGAUGGAGACGCUCGUCGUGCACGGGAUCCCGCUGAACACGACAUCGCUGCCGCCCGGCACAAUCACAAACCUCCUCGUGCAGGGCAAGCCGUUGCCGGCCGGUGGUUUCUUGCGUCUCGCCGAUCUCAUGGACGCCUACGGCUUUCACGACGCGGUGCGCCUCGGGCUCAUGGUGACUGUCGACAGUAUCAAUGCAACGCCGGCGCAAGUGGUGACGGCCAUCGACGGUGGCGUCGUCGACACGUCCGUGAUUACGAAUUUCAUAGUCUCGGACACGGCCCUCGCACCAGUGUUUUCGUCGCCGCCGAGUCCGUGUCCGGCUCCGUGGUGCUUGCACGUGGUGUGGAACAAUAGUGCCGGCAACAACAGCUUUUUCCUCUCGCGUGUCAAGGCAACGAGUUUUCUUAACGGCACGGUCUUUGCCAGCGGCUUGGGGGCGCGGGUGCCGCCCGGCAACGCCAGCGUCUGGACCUUCUACGGCUCUGCGAUGACGGCGCCCCUCGACCACGUUCAGCUCGACUUGGUUCGCGCAAGUGACAAGGCGACCAUCAGCGUUGAUGUGUCGGCCGCGAUGCUUAGCGCCAAUGAAGCCACGUCGACGAUCACGAGUACGAGCAGUAGCCAGGUGCCCAUGUACACGGACUACCGCGCGUACAUCCGCAACAGCAACGAGGUGUCGCUUUUGGUGCACCUCCACGAAGGCGCACCGAGCAACGCCUCGUAUGCGACCACCGAGGCCGAGGCCUGCGCGCUCUGCACGCCGCUUGUUGCGCGCUGCAGCGCCGAUGCCAACUGCUCGUCGCUCCUCUCUUGUGCCCAGCAAUCACUCCGUAAUGCCAGUGCCGUUCUCGCAGCCUCGACGAUCGGAAGCGUUGUGGAUGUGACGCCCAACAUCACAGCGUGCAUGAUCACACCGGCGGCCGCGACACCGAGCCGCACCCUCUUUACGAGUGCAAUGCAAUGUCUCGUCGCGCGCACCUGUCCUUUCUACUCGAACGGAACGACGCAGCUCGCGUGGUAUAGUUCGGCGGUCGGGUGGACGCAGCUGCGCAUGAAUCGCCUCUCGGACGCGUUGCCGCUGAACGUCAGCGUCACACGACCGUACAAGAGCGACGUCAACCAGUCGACGAUCCUUAUGCCGUGCGUGGUGUCGUUCACCGCGUCGCAGCUCCCGAGUGCCAUUGCAAAGACGAUUCAAAACUGCAAUCUCAACGAUUCGCAGGUGACCGUGGUGUACAACCUUGACCUCUCGCUCAACGCGACGCUGCCCGUGUCGUACGACAUUUUCUUUAGCACGAGCUUGAGCCCGCUGCCCGGCAUUGCGCUCCCGUCGACGUUGCCCAAUUUGACGGUGGCGACCGUCCAAAAUAUGCGGUACCCGUCGAUCGGUCUCCUCACGCUGCCCAUGGCCAACUACUCGCGCGCGCCCAAUCUCGUGCCACCGACCGACCCAUGCGCCCAGUGCUGGUCGAUGUUCACCGCGACGUGCCUCCCGGACCCGACGUGCAACGCGCUCACCAACUGCAUCAUGCAAGCAGCCUUUCCGUCCAUCUCGCGCCUCUUUGCAACCGGCGCGAUUGGCGACGGUAUCGACCUCUCGGGCUACAUCCGCAACUGCUCGUCGCCAGAAGCGUUCACGUCGUCGUCGGCAGUGCGCGCGCUUCAUAAUGUGAGUGCCUGCUACGCAACGACCCAGUGCUCGGUGGCACCGGCGGCACGAGCGAAUAGUGUCAACUCGACCGUCGUGUGGCAAGUCCCGCCUCGCAUCCAGACUCUGUGGCUCAACCAGUCGUUGUCCAAAAGUGCUACCAACAAGACGGUGUCGGUCACGGCGAUCGCGACACCGGCUAACACGACGCUGCUCGCCAACCUCACGUCGACCGGACUACAAACUGCGUUGCAAAAGCUACUGGGGUUGCCGGUGGUCGUCUCGGCCGAGACGGUCGUCGCACCAAAUGUGUCGACGUGGUCGAUCACGUACGUGGCGUUCGCAGGGUACUGCCCGACGCUCGCGGUGGUCGACCUCGCCACCAACGUGCCGCUUGAUGUCGUUGACGAUCCAUUCCCAUCGUCGUUUGUGGCUGUCACCAGUCUUUCGUUGCCCCAGCUGUCGUGAUAACUCGCCUGCAUAGCCGAGCCAAUAAUGUGUCACUCGACGCUUCUUGCAUCAUCGUAAUCUGCUUCAUCCCUACA